GAAGUCUGUUUAAGGUAUGGCUAAAGGACUAUACAAUACAAGUUCACAUUGUGUUAGCACUACAGUAAUACAAAUCAUAGGGCUUUAACCUUGCGUGUGGCGAUAACUUCGAAAUUAAUUUCUUUCUUUUCCAAAAUUUAUAUUUACUCGGUGUGGGCAAUAUUUGUUUCGUUCAGCAUUCUUGUACUCGUUACAAGCCUUGAGUUUUCAUCGACUUAUUCGGUCUGGACAUUUGAGAAACUGCUUCAUCUUUUCACCCUUCGUGUUUUAGGAUGAACGAGUCUAACGCGAAUGACUUAUCCGGCGACGACGUGUCCAGAGACGCGAAAGAGAUUCAUUUUCGCAACGCAGCGCUGCCGCCGGAUUCCGGAGCACGAUUUAAAAAGAAACCUUCACGUAAAGAUGUUGUAAGGAGUUGGUGGUUUGCAUUAUCGCGUAGUGCCCCGGAAGGAAUAGGUGUUGCUGGACUGAAGUACAUCCUUGUGUCAAGGGAGCGUCGAAGCAGAAGGUUAUGGUGGUUGUUAAUCCUGUCUAUCGCUAUGGUGGGUUGCACAUUUCAAAUCAUCGAGAGGAUAAUGUACUUCUCCACAUUUCCCCUUUCAGUUGAUAGCAGCAUCAAUGACACAGAAACCGAGCUCGUAUUCCCAAAGGUUAUCAUCUGUAAUUCCAAUUCUUUCGUGAAAUCGAAAACACAGGCAUAUCCUGCGAUCGACAAGAUUUUGAGGAAUUACGAGAACAAAAACUACAACCUCGGUGAGAUUAUUCCACUAACACCUGAAGAUGUGGAGCAACUUCUUAGCUUCAAUACAACCGAAAUAUUCAAUGAACUAAAACACCAAAAAGAGGAUAUGUUUAUUAGGGCGGUGUUUGCUGGUGUACCUAUUAGCUUAGAGGAUAUUCAACCCGUUUUUACUUCAUUCGGCCGAUGCUAUCAGAUCAAUGACGGUCAGAAAGACAAACGACUUCUCAGAGCUCGUGCUGCCGGGAGAGCAUUUGGUCUGAGUCUGAUGCUAAACGUCGAGCAAGAAAAGUAUUAUUACAAUGUAUUCUUGAAAGAUGCCGCCGGUUUUAAUAUACACCUGUUAGACCAAGAGGAAGGCACGUACCCACAUGAUAUAGGAUUCCAAGUUGGGCCAGGUGCAUCAACUGCUGUAUCAAUUACUAAAAGCCUGCGUUACAAUGCGAGGCCACCAUACGGCGUUUGCGGAGAGAAAAAACUGCAAUUUUACGACAAAUACUCACGAAUAAAGUGUUUAGCUGAAUGCAUGACUGAUGCUGUUGUAUCUACAUGCGGGUGCAGGGCACCGGCUUUACCAGGCAAUGCCCCAGUAUGUGAUCUCAUCACCACGAAUACAUGUGCGAACGCUUUCUUCUUCAACGUGUGCGAUGCUAAAAAGGAAGGGUCUUGUAGCAAUGCUUUUUCCGAUCCAAGUUCACAAAAUGGAACGUUCAACAUGAAGAACUGUAACUGUCCUCUAAACUGUGAAGAGACCAAGUUCUCGGUGUCUUUAUCCACUGCUAAGUACCCAUCUAACUUCCGAACCAACCUCCUAGCCAAAUAUCAUAGAGAGGGCUUGCUGGACUAUCAUCACCAACAAUCUAAGAAUACAACUUUUAUUGAGCAUAAUAUUGCGGCUGUAGAUCUGUUUUUCGAGGACAUCAGUACAGUGAUUGUCAAACAGCAAGCAGCUUACACGAUUUUCGCAUUAUUAUCUGACAUAGGUGGCGCACUGGGCCUGUGGCUUGGCGGGAGUCUUUUGACGAUAUUUGAAAUACUGGAUCUCUGCGGGCACUCGUUCGUCUCGAAGAUAUAAUACAAUGAGAUUGAUCUCAAGUCAAGUUCAAUUCAACUCAGCGUGUUUAUGUUUUUUAAGUAAUUGCGGAGCUUUUACGCCGAGACGUUCGGAGAGUGUAAGAACAGAGAAAAUGUAUUGUUAAAUGCCCUUCAUGAACAAGAACAACCUAAAAGGCUUUGUCGAAAAUUCGUCAAUCAAAAACGCAGUUUUUCCCUUGAUUCUGGACAAACGACGUGUCUGCAAUCUUUCGUCAGCCCCGGAACUCGGGACGAAACUGCUGUUCCGGUUCAACAAUUAUCGACAAAGACCUCCAAGCUCUUUAUCGUCAUUUAAAGGGCAUUUAAUACAUUUACUACGUUUUUGAAUGCGUUGUGC